CAACGUCUACUAUAUCUUGAUUGUGUACAUACAAUUUUAAUAACAACAAAAUACAUUCAAAUGAAGAGGGAGUGGCGGCCCUUUUAGCGUCAAUCGUUGUGUCAUCGCAAGUGGUCAAUUUGACCACUUCAUAAUUUGAUGAAUUCGAUGUUGUCGUACAGUGACCUCGUCGGACAUAAAUCGUCUAGGGUUCCUGUUUACUGUUCCGAUACUGCUCGUCAACCAGAUGAUAUUUCCAUAAACCGGCAACUGAUUUUUCUCAAAAUAAAAAAAAUGUCCGUUUUUGCUUUUAAUUUAUUUGUGGCUGAAAAAUGGCGUUUGAAAUGACUAAAGAAUACAAUCGUUACAUCGAAAUUAAGCGUUGAAACAAAUCGUCUAGUACCCGGUUCGAAAAUGGAUAACAUCAAUUUCAUUGUUAUUGCAUUCAUUUUUUUGAACGGCAGUAUCAGCGUGAAAUGUCAAAUGCAUGAACCAGACGAAUUAAUGCCUGAAUUUUAUGCGCCACUGGAAAAUUGGACGGUGACCCAAGGCCGAGACAUAUACUUUACGUGCACGGUGAACAAUUUGGGAAACUACAAGGUGGCUUGGAUCAAAUCGGACUCGAAAGCUAUACUGGCUAUUCACACAAACUUGAUUGCUCACAAUCAUAGGUUGACCGUUACUCAUAAUGGCCACAACACUUGGAAGUUACACGUGUUUAACGUACAGAAAAACGAUACCGGUAGUUACAUGUGUCAAAUAAAUACACAACCAAUGAUUUUACAGACUGGAUACUUAGACGUGAGAAUUCCACCGAACAUACUGGACGAGACGGACAUUGAAGGCCCGGGGAGUGCGGCUAUGGAAGGAGGCACUAUAAGGUUACGGUGCCGGUCCACAGGGAAACCGGAACCGAAAGUUCACUGGAAAAGAAAGGAUAACCGUCACAUUGUCAUCAGAUCGGAUGGAGCUAGAGAAAAACAAGAUUCGGCUAUUGUAAAAGGUGACACGCUCGAGCUUAGCAACGUGCACCGGACCGAUAUGGGCAAGUAUUUGUGUAUAGCUAAAAACAACGUACCACCGACGGUUAGCAAGGAAUUCAAUGUACAAAUACACUUUCAUCCGAUGAUCAAGGUGACUAACCAACUGGUAGCAGCACCAAUCGGUAGCAACGUGCACAUUCAGUGUUAUGUUGAAACUUCGCCGAAAGCUAUGCACAGCUGGGCUAAAAUUAAUGGAGGUGACCUCAUACCUAGUGUCAAGUAUGAAAUGUCUGAGACUCCAAUAAAUGAAUAUUCAUUGCAAAUGGAUCUUACCAUUACAAGCCUUGAACCCAAAGACUUUGGCGGGUACCUGUGUAUAGCCAAAAACGCUUUGGGUAAAGCCGAAGGAUCUAUAAGGCUUCAAGAACUGCACUUGCCAAGUGCACCGACCACUACGGAAGCAUCGCCGUCGGAGCCGGAAGACGAGGACGAAGAGGACGACGAGUCAGCAAACUCGGAGGAAGAGAACUUGGUGCCAGUGGAAGAAUCGAUCGGACCGGAUUCCGGUGGUGGUGAAAAUCGGCUAUCGUCGGACGGGUUCGAUCUGCGUCGCGUCCAACAGGAACAGCAUUUGUCCACGAGAAAACCUCAGCGGACCGACCAGAACGGCGGCGGGGGCGGCGGCGGAGGCGUGCGGCACCACGACCAGAAGCAAAGGCACGGCAGCAAAGAUUCCGGCCACCGGAGCCCGUGCCCCUGUUGGCCGCUCGUGCUGCUGGCCACCCUCGCGCUACUGUGGUCACUGUGGUCGAGAACGGUCCCGGUGGCCGGUGCGUGCCGAUGAGAGACCGCACGUGAGCGCAAGCCGUCCGUCGACGAUAUCUUUUCUGCGGUCGGACAACUGUCACCGUGACAAUACUCCACGAUUCCUGAUCAAUGACAAUAAUUGUUGAUUUUUUUUGUUCUAUCAUUUAUCGCCCCUAUAUCCAUUUUUAACUUAUUAUUACAAUGUUGUGGUUUUACGAAAAAAAAAAAAUAAUUAUAACUACCUGCAUUUCAACAACACGUGCGCGUAUACGGUUUUCGAUUCAUAGCAUCAGUAUAAAAAAUGCAUACGGUUGUAAAAUGGUUUCCGAUGAAUCAGAAAAUGCAUGAUAAAAUAUAUAAGAUAAUUUUGGAACGGUUCCUAUUCUUUACGAACUUUGUGAUUAUGACAGAUAUAUUAAGUGACUGCUUCAUAACUUCUGAGCUAUCGUCCAAAAUCGAAAAAAGUUAUCCAACCAAAUGAAAUAAAAUGAUUGCGAACAUUAAUUGACAGUUGAUACAUAGUUUCAUAAAUAUUUAUAUACAUAAUUUGAAAAUUUAAACGUAAAUAAUUGAUUUAUUCUAAUUAUUUGUUUUUAUUAGGGUACAGUACGAAACUCUAAAUUCAAAGGUCAAACUAUAGUUUUAAAAAUAUAAUCCUUUCAAUGGUCAAUGUUGAUAUUUCAUAGUAAAAUAUUCUGUCUUUGGAUAUCCAAACUUAUUUUUUACAUUCUCAUUAUAUAAGAAAAUCCGAAUGUUUCGUGUUUUCGUCGAUGCUAUUUAAAAUCACAAUAAUAUUAUACUCUUACGUUUUAUCUGGGAAUGAGCUAACCACUCUUCUUUUUUAAUCAUUAAAAAUCUAAGCAAAUUAACACGAUAACAUAUUUAGUCACUGAGCAUUACUAUCCAUGAAGUUUGAAAGGAAAAACAUCCAAUGGAAUCCAUAAAAAAAAUUAAUAAAGAAAUUUGUAAUAGAAAUAUUUGUGCCAUAUUUAUUAAAACGUUGAUAUCGUAGUGAAACGUACAUUUACUUGUGUGAAUUUUUUUCCAAUAAAUAAAAAUUGUUUUUUAAACUUUGAGUGAAAUAAGGGAAUUUUAAAAAUCGAAUAGUUUUAUUUUAAAUCGAAGACAACUUAUGAUUAUCAUCAGUAAAACAAUGAAUAGUCAUUUGAAUUGGAAUUUGUUUUAUUUUUAUUGAAAAACAUCUGAAUUGAAUUUUAAAAAAAUAAUUUUUAGCGAUUUUGCACUAGCUGAUUCAUGCUUACUCAAUAAUUAUGAAAAUUGUAUAUCAUGAUUUAAAUGAUUCCUUAUAACACCUUGGAAUACUAAGUGUGCAGACCUCCUUAAUUUUACAAAAUCAGGUUCCAUUCCUCCUCUCUGUUCUUACUGGACAAAGGUAUAUUGAAUAUACUACAUCCUCUCCUUGUUCGUUUCAUAAUACAAUAUGUUUAUUUAUAGCUGUAUAUAUUUAUUUGUAUAUAAUAUUAAUACUGUUAUGUACUUACGGUUAAUACGACAGUCAAUAUAAUCACCAGAUUAUAAUCACACAAGAUCAAAAAACCAAAAAAAAAUAAAAAUAAAAUUGAAGAAACCAUUUCGUCAAACUGUUUAUGUCCGCAUGAAUACUCCCGCGCAAAGUUUGUGCUGUAAUAAACGCAGUAUGCAUUGUAGUAUAAUAUAUUAUAUAUUUUAAUCAACACAUAUACGUAUUAAUAAAAUAUUGUCU